GUGGAACGUCUCAACGAAGUGAGCACAACAUCCUGGGAAACAGGACUCGUCCGAGCGUGGUGCAUGGAAAUUUAAUGGUGAGUCGAAUGACUCUCAUACUAUAUGCAGCCCGCUUCCUUGGCAUACAUUGGCUUUUGGAAAAUCCUUCUCAAUCAUUGUUGUUCGACCACCCACGCCUCAAAACUUUCCUCCAGCAUGCGGAGAACUGGGAAUGCCGUACACACCUCGGGAUGUAUGGUGCCCCAACAUGGAAGCCCGUCAAACUUGUCUCCUCGGAUCCCGUCGUGGAAAAACUCUACAGGACUUUGGACAGGAGCUUGUUUGAACCCAGCAAUUCCACUGUGAAAUACCAAACUGCUGAUGGACGUCCAAAAUUUCAGGGAAGCCGACAUCUUAAAGCCACUCAAGUGUAUCCUCCUCGCUUUGGAAGACGGGUGUUUCAGCUCUUCACGAAAGAAGCGCACCAUCUAACUCCAGUGGAGACGAUUGACUACACCCCUGAUGCUUGGGAAGAUGCAAAGCCACUGGACUGCCAGGGAAUCACGUGCAUGUAUGCAGCCAUAUUCCAAAAAUAUAAUGGCACCCUGGAAUUCCAAACCGUGUUUUUCACCCUCCAUGGACUGUUCUAUGGAAUGCCGCAAAUGCUUGGAAUGUCUGGAUCCCAUGCAAGGUUUGGAAUGUUUGGACUGGUUCGAUGCAUAUACUGUACCGUUUGGACCCAUCUUGGGGAUGUUUGGGUAUUGGAUGUUUGA